AUGGCUGCCGCUGACAGCAUCCGCGUGGUUGAUGAUGAUUAUGUGAAGAGGAUACAUAGUAGAAACCCGUCAGGACAUUUACAUAAGGGGCAUGGUAUUGUGGCAGCUACAGCAUCAAUUCCAAGCAAAUACCAGACUAUUGUAACUGACAAUGCUGAUAAACGAGGAUUUCUUUCCAAAGCCAAAAGAUUCAAAUAUGAUGCAUUUAUUACGGAUGCACCAGGCCCAGGUGGUUAUGUUGGACAUUCAAAAAUGGACAAUGAGUCAGUUUCAUAUUCCAAAAAAGGAACUGGAAGUUUUGCUUCAAAGUCCAAGAAAGGUCUGAAGUACCAGCUGACCAGUGCUCCAGGCCCAGGUAUCUAUGGUCUGCCAAGCAUGCUACGUACUCAGCGAGAUUACAACCAGGCUACAUGUACCAGUGCAUUCCACAAACCUAUAGCUCAGCCAUCCAGCAAAACAGAGGCUCGGCCAGCACCUAAUCAGUAUGAUAUAUUGAAAGUUAAAUAUGGAAAGGCAAACAAUGUGACAGCUAAUGCAGGAUUCAAAUCUCAAACCAAAAGAGAAGUGAUAAAACUUGAUGACUUAGCCAGAAACCCAGCUCCAGGUCAUUAUGAUGUUAAAGAUGAUCUCCUCCAUGACAGUGCUAAAAUUCCUCUCUCUAGUUUCAAGUCAAAGUCUAAGCGACAAAUGCAUGCAGACCCAGCUCCGGUACCUGGACCUGGUGCCUACAAACCAGGAGAGGCUGUAGAUCCUGCAAAAAAGCAGUUGUUUCCGAGAAAGCAUUAUUUAUGCAUAUCAGCGCCUGCUAUGCCCCUGCCCUCCACACCUCCCCUGCCUGGCCCAGGGAGCUAUGAGGUGGUGGACUAUGAGGGACCCCCUAAACACUACAUGUCCAGUGCUGCCUUUGUGUCCACAUGUAGUAGGUGGACUGGAGCAGCCCAACACAUGGAACAGCCUGGUCCAGCUCACUAUCGACCUGUUGGAACUGGAAAACAGUCUUUCAUCUACAAUGCAGCAGGGAAAUGGAUUUAGAGAGCUGGGUGCCAUUACCGUGGAAACAGUGCGUGGGAGAAUGGAUGCUACAGUGCUGACAAGUUGUGUCUCUGACAGUAUGGAUGCGAGUGGAAUAACUAAAUCAUGUAAUGGAAGAGAGACUGGCUGAAUUAACUAAUGGUAGGGAGGCCGAGUAUCAGCUAUUGCUCAUGACCCAAUAGGACAAAGGCUAUUGGAGAGGUGUUGUCCACUAAAGGGUGGCAAAAUGGUAAUUAAAUAAGGGAGGGUGUUGACAGCAGGUCCCAUGAGACUCUUCAAAUAGCUAGAUCAAUAGGUCUUAUGAAGUUCGUGUGUGAUCUAGAGGUUUAGCAAAAUAUUAUACAUUUUGUUUAUCUAUAGUUUU